AGCGGCUCCUCCAUCUGAACACAUGAACUACUGCUCCCACUGUACUCACACUUCAUCAGCCCGAGCUGCUCUCAACAACCGAGGCCACCCGUGCAUGGAUUUCUCCUGGAUUCCCCAUCUCUAACAUGGACGCCCGGUCGGAAGGUUGCUCCUUUGCGCAGUGAGACGGACAUGCGGAGCAUCGCUGAUAUGGAGUGUCCUCUUCUGUCUCAGUGACCAUGCCGUGAUCACAUCGCUGACAAAAACACCUCCAAAGCAGAAAUAAGUGGGAAUCUAACGAUCCAUCCAGGGGAAUGACAUGCAGUGUAUCGCAGGCAUCAUGAAGAUGUGCUCUCCUCUGGUAACUCAUCAGAGAUGGCUUGGGCUGUUGCUGCUCUUACUGUGUGUGGGAUAUUCUCACGGGAUGCCACAUGUGUUAAGAUUCGGAGGAAUAUUUGAAUCCAUUGAAAGUGGCCCAUCUGGUGCUGAAGAACUUGCCUUUAAGUUUGCUUUAAAUACAAUCAACAGGAACAGAACUUUACUGCCAAACACCACACUCACAUACGACAUCCAAAGGAUAAACAUCCACGACAGCUUUGAGGCCUCCAGAAAAGCUUGUGACCAGCUCUCUCUGGGUGUGGCGGCCAUCUUCGGUCCCUCCCACAGUUCUUCGGCCAACGCGGUGCAGUCCAUCUGUAAUGCUCUGGGGGUGCCGCAUAUCCAGACCAAGUGGAAGCACCAGGUGUCAGACAACCGCGACUCCUUCUACGUCAGCCUUUACCCAGACUUCUCCUCGCUCAGCAGAGCCAUCUUAGACUUGGUUCACUUCUUCAAGUGGAAAACGGUCACAGUGGUUUAUGAUGACAGCACAGGUCUGAUUCGAUUACAGGAGCUCAUCAAGGCUCCGUCUCGUUACAACAUCCGAUUAAAAAUCCGGCAGCUACCAGCAGAAACAAAAGAUGCCAAGCCCCUUCUUAAAGAAAUGAAACGAGGGAAAGAGUUUCAUGUGAUCUUUGACUGUGGUCAUGAAAUGGCAGCUGGCAUCCUUAAACAGGCUCUUGCCAUGGGAAUGAUGACGGAGUAUUACCACUACAUUUUUACCACCCUGGAUCUCUUCGCGUUGGAUGUGGAGCCCUAUCGCUACAGCGGGGUCAACAUGACAGGAUUCCGGAUCCUAAACACAGAGAACAGCCAGGUGUCCUCCAUCAUUGAAAAGUGGUCCAUGGAGCGUCUGCAGGCACCUCCUAAACCAGACUCUGGCCUGCUGGAUGGUUUCAUGACAACAGAUGCUGCCCUGAUGUAUGACGCGGUACAUGUGGUGGCCGUGGCCGUCCAGCAGUCUCCUCAGAUCACUGUCAGCUCGCUCCAGUGUAAUCGCCACAAACCCUGGCGUUUCGGAAACCGCUUCAUGACGCUCAUCAAAGAGGCCCACUGGGACGGUUUGACCGGACGGAUAAAUUUCAACAGGACCAAUGGCCUGAGGACAGAUUUCGAUCUGGAUGUGAUCAGCCUGAAGGAAGAGGGGCUAGAAAAGAUUGGGACAUGGGAUCCUGUAAGUGGUUUGAACAUGACGGAAAACCAAAAAGGAAAGGCAGCCAAUGUGUCGGAUUCUCUCUCCAACAGAUCGCUGGUGGUGUCCACUAUACUGGAAGAGCCUUACGUGAUGUUCAAGAAGUCAGAUAAGCCUCUAUACGGUAACGAUCGCUUCGAGGGCUACUGCAUCGACCUGCUGCGAGAGCUGGCUGCCAUCCUGGGCUUCACCUACGAAAUACGACUGGUGGAGGAUGGCAAGUACGGAGCGCAGGAAGAGAGCACGGGCCAGUGGAACGGCAUGAUCCGAGAACUGAUGGACCAUAAAGCUGAUCUUGCAGUGGCACCCCUGGCCAUCACGUACGUGCGGGAGAAGGUCAUCGACUUUUCCAAACCCUUCAUGACGCUGGGGAUAAGUAUACUGUACCGCAAACCCAACGGCACCAACCCGGGGGUGUUCUCCUUUCUCAACCCCCUGUCCCCCGACAUCUGGAUGUAUAUUCUGCUCGCUUACUUGGGUGUCAGUUGUGUGCUGUUUGUCAUAGCCAGGUUUAGCCCCUACGAAUGGUAUAACCCCCACCCAUGCAACCCCGACUCGGACGUGGUGGAAAACAAUUUCACCCUGCUAAAUAGUUUCUGGUUCGGAGUUGGAGCUCUCAUGCAGCAAGGAUCUGAGCUCAUGCCCAAAGCCCUUUCCACCAGGAUAGUAGGAGGCAUCUGGUGGUUUUUUACCCUAAUCAUCAUCUCCUCCUACACGGCCAACCUAGCCGCCUUUCUUACCGUGGAGAGAAUGGAAUCUCCAAUCGACUCGGCCGAUGACUUGGCCAAGCAGACCAAGAUUGAGUAUGGAGUGGUGGAGGAUGGCGCUACAAUGACCUUCUUUAAGAAAACGAAGAUCUCCACGUAUGACAAGAUGUGGGAGUUCAUGAGCAGUCGAAGACAUUCGGUGAUGGUGAAGAGCAUCGAGGAAGGAAUUGAACGUGUGCUCACCUCUGAUUAUGCUUUCCUUAUGGAGUCCACCACCAUCGAAUUUGUCACUCAGCGCAACUGCAACCUCACGCAGAUCGGAGGCCUCAUAGACUCCAAGGCCUACGGAGUCGGCACCCCAAUGGGGUCCCCGUACCGAGAUAAGAUCACCAUCGCAAUCCUGCAGCUACAGGAGGAAGGGAAGCUGCACAUGAUGAAGGAGAAGUGGUGGCGAGGAAACGGCUGUCCUGAGGAGGAGAAUAAGGAGGCCAGUGCGCUGGGCGUCCAGAACAUCGGUGGCAUUUUCAUAGUGUUGGCUGCGGGACUCGUCCUCUCUGUGUUUGUGGCAGUUGGGGAGUUUCUCUAUAAGUCCAAACAAAACGCACAGCUGGAAAAGACAGUGCCUGUGUCUGGAGAGCAAACAAUCCUUCUUGAUGUAAGUCUCUGAAGACAGAAGGGCUUGGGCUUUACUUGCUCAAAUGGCCGGCAUUGUGUCAUCUCGCCUCAACAGAUGUGUUGUUCUUUCCCCAUAUCCACUUCACUCGUAUACUUGAUCUACUGAUCUACUGAGCCAUUGAAUGUUUGAAGUGUACAGUCAAUAAUAGUAGUAAAAAAAAAAAUACUUGAAAUGAAUGAACUCCAGUUCUCUCACUCACACUUUUCUUCUCAUGUCACAAAUAUAAUGUUUAAGCACAUACACGCUCUCAUAGAAUUUAUUGUCAGUUAGAAUUCUACUAAUUAGCUGUGGUUUCACGCACUAGACUAAAUUGCAGGUUUGCUUGAUAGUCUUUUAUUUAGUAUUUUAUUUUAUUUUAUUUUUCCAGUUGAUGUUGUACUGUUUAAUUCACACCGUCUCUUGAAUUCUCUUUAAAAUGACUAAAUGUCACUUCAGUGGUUGAACUGAGUACAGAGUUGCAUUUACACUGUCCUAUCAGAAUGUUAUUAAUCAGCUUUAAUAUAUGUGUCAUCAUUUCUUCACUUUCCCUACUGAGCCUUCAUGUUUGCAUUUUUGGAACUGAAAGAAGGCAUUUAAUUGCCCUUGUUUAUUUUAAUAUUUAGUUUUUUGCAGUCGGAAUGGCACUCUAUCUAUAAUUACCACACAAAUAGAAUAAUCAUUUCAACUCAUCACAUUUGCUUUACUUUAGUAUGGGAGGCCAUAAUGGCCCAGUGACACGAUACAAUGAAGUUGCCAUGCCGUGUGUUCACGUUGUACAUUGCAAUGCAACAAACUGCACUGUAGACACAUAAUUGCUCUAAGUUUUGUUUACUUUAAAGAGAUCUUAGUUUGUUUGAAGCAUCUGCAUAUAAGCUCAAAAAAUUUGCUCUCUAAAUAUGGAUAACCUAGAUUGUCGUACAAUAACAGCAUCAACCUGCCAGCUUAAGUUUUUUUUUUUUCUUUCCCAAAAAGCACAGCUCCGCUUAUUCACUCUUUUAUACUCAUCUCGGAUUCAUUGUAUCGAUCUCUUUAAGUGCUAUCAUUUGUUUGCUGUAAGUCAUCAUAUUGACAUUCACAAAUAUUCUGGCAAUGUGUUAUUUUGCUGCCUGAUCCUUGUUUAAUGAUAACAUUGGCAUGAUAAGCCUACCAGCCAAUGAUACUGAGCAUCAAUCUAAAGCAAAGGUUGGGAGUGCCUUUCUAUACAGAGAUGUACAAAAAGAAAGAAAAAAAAAGCCCUAUAGAUCAGUGCAUUUCUAAAUUUGGUAACUACUAUAUAAAUGGUAGUGUUCUCAAUGAAAGUUAUUAUAAAGCAUGACUGAGAAAAUCCAGCUUAUUUAUAUUGGGACUCCCUGGGAUGGCUGCAAGUCUGGGGUGCGUUUUCAAGAGAAAAGUUAACCAAUGCUUGCAUUUUCCAACACUAUCAAACAUUCACAAACAGUAUCGCAAAGAUUUUUUGCUGGAACUGUGGUUAGAAACAUUGUUUCCGGUUAGUAUGGCAUGUGGAAUAGAUCACACUCUUGAGCAAAAUAAGCAUGCAGAACAAUUUAAAUGUUUAAUUUCAUUAUAUGUAUAUGUAUUUUAGUUUGUAAAGAAAAGAGUGUACAUCUCAUUGGGAAACCUAAGGAAACCCACAAAAUAAAGGAGAAAAAAAAAACGAAAUUGUGAAUCAGUCCUCAGAUGCCAUGUUUAUUAUUUACAGCAAUAUUCUGGCAUAAUUUGAUCUUAAACUGAUUAAUUAGUGAUAAUUAUCACUCUACCACUUGCUUGAUGGCAUUAACUUCAUUUCUAACCAACUUGGUUCAAACACUUGUGACGAAGUACCAACAUUUUCAGGAAACAGUCAUGGCUAGCUAUUUAGUUUCUACAAAAAUGUGAGUUAUGUCAUUAUAUUAGAAGAGCACCGCUGGGUGGAUGUAAAGGUUGAAAAUGGCUUUAAGACUACAUUUCUUCUUAGGAACACAAUCGUUAAUAUAGGCUUUAUGAAACAUAUUUAGUCAAACAGAGUGCUGAGGCUUCAUGAUCUAAAUGGAAGUGUCAAAUUCCAGAUGAUUGAUUUUGAUGUUAUGUUAAUUCAAUGCAUAGUAAUGUUAUAAAAUAACACACGCUUGGGAACAUUUAAAACGGUAUUAAAUCUUGUGAGUGAAAAUGAUCGAGAGGCAAUUAAAGUAUUUUUGUACAAGAUUGGCGCUGCUGUCCUUUGUUCAGUAUUCUCUUACACUAUUCUGCAGAAAAAGAAAAAGAAAAACACAUCAUAUGGCAAUGCCUCUUGCUCCUCAGCAGCGCAUCCCUCCAAAAAUUAGCAUUUUUUAAUUGCCUCUAUUUUGUAAGAUUAGGAAAGAGCCAACAGUCUGACCGACAAUCUUAUUGCUUUAGAUAAAACAUGUAUAAAUUGUUCUAACGUAAUGUGAUGUAGAUUUCCUGUCACUAGAAAAGAGACACAUAAACCGAUUUAGUUUUAAUCUUGUUAAAAUCAUUUACUGUUACAUCGGUAAUAAAAGUUCACAGGUUCAACAUCAGAAUGGUGAAUCAUUUUAGCAAAUACAUCAAAUAUUGCAUGAGAGCUGCAACAUGUGUUGUAGAAUUGAUCAUGGCUUCUUUAUGUAUUUUAUGAAGAUUUGUUCGGUGCAUCUUUAUUUUGAUUUAUUUCAAGAUCACACAUACACAGAGGCACAUAUAAAUUCAUGUUUAAAUAAAAUGAUUACCAUAAUGUUUCUGCUUCUCGUUUUCUUUUUUUGCACAUUUUACAUGAAUAUUCCUAACCCAUUACGCUUUCUGCUGCUGAAUUUCAGUUAACUAAUGUAAACCUUUAACUUCGCUCUUGAAAGUC